AUGACAAAAGAAGAUAAAACGUCAAAUGAUGAGGGAAAUGUGGAAAUGUCAUCGUCAGUAUCAGAUGUUGGAACAUGUCAAAGUUUACCAUCACAGAUUUUUACAUGUGUUUCGCUAGCCGAUGAUAAUAAUUCCAUCACUGCUAGCCUAACAUCGCUCACCCAAGAGGAUUCUCAGAAAGUGAAGCACGUAAAGCAAAAAGAUGAAAUCCGGAUAACCGGUGGAACGGAAAAGAGUUCGAUAAGUAGGACAAAAAGACGAGUACACAACGAAGAAAUAAUCUAUGGGGAACGGAUUGCGGAUGAUUUAAUCAACGAAUAUUGUGAUAAGCUUAAUACAGCUCUACGACAUCGAUUUGAUGGCAUGCUCGCCAUUCAGUACAUUGCACUAGACCCACAGAACCUGGAUAGGCUCAUAACUGGCAGAAAACCAGUCCUUCAGAUUCUUUUGGAUCAAAAACGUGAGCACUAUGUUCUGGUUGAACGAACACUUGUUGAUGAUACCGUGAUCGUAUUUGACUCUCUUGCUACUUCUAGAAAAAAGGCCAAGAAUGCGUUAAAUCGUGGAUUAGCGGAACAGAUUUUUAAUAUGUUCAACCACUUAUCACCGAUCGAUGGAGUAAAAGUACGAUAUGAAAUUGCAAUCGAAAAACAAGAUGAUAUGUGGUCAUGUGGCUUACGCACAGUUGCAUAUAUCACAUGCCGAGCGUUCGAUAAUGAUCCUCAGUGCUACAUAUUCAACAUGGAAAAAGUCUUCAAAUAUUUCUGUAAUUUACUGAAUGAGCAAAAUCCGGAUGUUGAAGAAUUUCGAUAUGCAUUUGAACGAUUUGGAAAAUGGAUGCAUCAUCAUUCGAAAGCAGAAGAGGCCAUCUUUAAAAUAGCGAAACGAAAUGAUCACCAAUUUCACAUUGAGAAUAGCGGCAUGCAGGAAAUGAAUAUGUUAAGUGAAAAUAGCACAACAUCCAGUGAGCGGCAAAGAAGUCUGAAGAAAAAUGAUAAACCGGAUGAAUGA